AUGGAGGGUGGCACUUCGGCCCCGGAGGCCUACCAGUAUGUGGGGCCAUUUCGGCUCGAAAAGACCCUGGGCAAGGGGCAAACUGGUCUCGUCAAGCUGGGUGUGCAUUGUGUAACGGGAAAGAAAGUGGCCAUUAAAAUAAUAAAUAGGGAGAAACUUAGCGAAUCUGUGCUUAUGAAGGUGGAACGAGAGAUAGCGAUUAUGAAAUUGAUAGAACAUCCACAUGUACUAGGAUUAUCUGACGUUUACGAGAAUAAGAAAUACUUGUAUUUGGUGCUUGAACACGUAAGCGGGGGUGAAUUAUUCGACUAUUUAGUGAAAAAAGGCAGACUGACGCCAAAAGAAGCCCGAAGAUUUUUCAGACAAAUCAUCUCCGCGCUGGAUUUCUGUCAUAGUCAUUCUAUUUGCCAUCGAGACUUGAAACCAGAAAAUCUGCUCCUUGAUGAGCGGAACAACAUCAAAAUAGCAGAUUUCGGUAUGGCGUCGCUACAGCCUGCCGGUUCCUUAUUGGAAACUUCGUGUGGUAGCCCACAUUAUGCUUGCCCAGAAGUUAUAAGGGUAUCUAUGAGUUGA